GCUUCUGUCAUACAAGCUCAACACUUUUUUUAUGGUACAAUUAGAGACUAUAUGAGUGAAUAUCUUUUAAUAAAAACUUAUCACUUCUUUCCAAAGCUCGAACUUGAAUAGAUUAUAUGAGUGAAUAUCUUUCAGUAUCAGAUCGGAGUUCCUUCCUAGAGCGGCUCAAUCUCUGUUUCAUUACAAGUUAAUCAAUGGCUUCAGUUUUUCAUCCCUUUUUUUCCGCUUACAUAUUGCUGCUCCUACCUCUUGUUGCUGCUCAAAGUAGUGCUGGUGACAUCCGCCCUAGCACCUUCAUCGAAGCGACUGAUGAUGCAAACCCAUGGCUUUCUCCUUCCAAUCAUUUCGCCUUGGGAUUUCACCAACUUGAAAAUAAAGAUCAAUUCCUACUUGCUAUAUGGUAUUAUAAAAUACCAAACCGUACCAUUGUUUGGUAUGCAAAUGGAGAUAAACCUGCUCCGAGAAGAUCCAAGGUGGAGUUAACUGCUGAUCGAGGACUAGUUCUCACCGAUCCUAAGGGUCUACUGAUAUGGAGAUCUGAUUUUGCCACCGGUGAAGUUGCGUUUGCUACAAUGAAUGAUACAGGCAAUUUUGUAGUUUAUAGUGAUUCUGAAUCACUGUGGGAGAGCUUCAACAACCCUACUGAUACACUGUUACCCACUCAGGUAAUCGACAGGGGUGGUUUGCUUUCGUCUCGGCAUAAAGAGAACAACUUCUCAAAGGGUAGAUUCCAGUUUCGUUUACUUCCAGAUGGAAAUGCUGUGCUCAAUUCCAUAAAUUUGGAGUCCAACUUUGCUUACGUUGCAUACUACAUUAGCGGCACUUAUGAUGAACAAAAUUCAUCCAAUUCUGGUUUUCAAGUGAGGCUUGAUCAAGAUGGAUCCUUUUACGUACUGAGAGGAAACAAUCAGACACAUUCACUUAGCUUAGGAGAUGAAGCUCCUUCUGCAGAUUACUAUUACAGAGCGACUCUAAAUUUUGAUGGCGUUUUGACCCUGUCUAGUUAUCCCAAGAACUCCACGGGCAGCAGUCGAAACUGGAGUGUGGUUAAGACCAUUCCAGAUAAUAUUUGCACAACUAAUUUUGCGGAAUUGGGUAGUGGAACUUGUGGCUUCAAUAGUAUCUGCACACUUAAACCCGACAAAAGGCCAGAAUGUAAAUGCCCACCAGGUUAUUCUUUAUCCGAUGCAAAUGAAGAGUACGGUAACUGCCAAGCAGAUUUCAUGCAGGGUUGUGAAGCAGAAGCACAAAAUUCCUCACAAGAUUUAUACAAAUUAGUGGAACUGCAAAAUACAGAUUGGCCGACUUCCGAUUAUGAGCGGAUUAAUCCUUGCAGUGUAAAUGACUGUAAAGCUUACUGUUUGCAGGAUUGUCUGUGUAUUGUGGCUGUGUACAAUGAGAAUGGCUGUUGGAAGAAGUCACUGCCACUUCCAUAUGGGAGACAGGAUACGCAAGUGACUUCCAUCUCCUUUCUCAAAGUAACAAAAGAUGAAAUUGCCCAUAAAACCCCUCCGACGAUGCCAGACAAAAAGGGGAACCAGAAUUCGCUGAUAAUUCUGAUUUCAGUGCUCUUAGGUAGCUCUGUGUUUGUCAACUUCCUACUUGUUGGGAUAUUAUGUAUGGGAUCAUUUUUCUUGUACCAAAAAAAGAUUUCAAGAAAUCAGAGAAGCAAAACUAUCAUACAAAGCAGCUUAAGGUAUUUUAAUUAUGAGGAGAUGGAAGAAGCUACAAAUGGAUUCAAGGAGGAGCUGGGAAGGGGAUCAUUCGGCAUCGUUUAUAAAGGGGUAAUAGACACAGAUUCUCAAUAUCAGACUGAAGUUGCAGUUAAGAAGUUAGACAGGGUGGUUCAAGACACAGACAAGGAAUUCAGAACUGAAGUGAGUGUGAUUGCUCAAACACACCAUAGGAAUCUUGUCAAGUUGCUGGGAUAUUGUGAUGAGAGUCAACAUCGAAUGCUGGUAUACGAGUACUUAAGCAAUGGGACCCUAGCAAGCUUUCUCUUUGGGGAUAUAAAACCAAGCUGGAACCAAAGGACACAAAUUGCUGUGGGAAUUGCUAGAGGACUGUGUUACUUGCACGAGGAGUGUAGCCCCCAAAUAAUCCAUUGUGAUAUAAAGCCUCAAAACAUACUUCUUGAUGAUUACUAUGAAGCUCGGAUCUCUGACUUUGGGCUGUCAAAGCUUUUAGGCACCGAUCAAUCCUUUACUAAUACUAAUAUUAGGGGCACAAAAGGGUAUGUAGCACCUGAAUGGUUCAAGACCGUGCCCGUAAGUGUGAAGGUUGAUGUGUAUAGCUUUGGUGUCUUGCUGCUAGAAAUCAUUUGUUGUAGAAGAAAUGUAGCGAUGGAUGUUGGUGAAGUAGAGAGAGCAAUUUUGACAGAUUGGGCUUGGGACAGCUUUUUGGAAGGCGCUGUCGAUGCCCUUGUCGACACUGAUGCAGAGGCCUUAAGUGACAAGAUGAAGCUGGAGAGGUUUGUAAUGGUGGCUCUUUGGUGCAUUCAAGAAGACAUCUCUCUCAGACCCACCAUGAAGAAAGUUUUGCUGAUGCUUGAGGGAAUAAUUCAGGUGCCUGCUCCUCCAUUUACAUCUCCAUUAACUAGUUACAGUUGUCAAAUUUGAUGCAUAAUACUCACCUGCAACUACAAGGCCUCUCUUUUCUUCCGUAUAUGUAUGCUGUUGUAUAAUUAGUUAACGCUUUGCUGUAACAUUUGACGAAUAAGCUUACGAUGAAAAUGAGAAUGAGCAAUUCAAGCAAAGAUGAAUGAGAUUGACUACAAA